CAAAACUCUUCACUUCCCUUCCUCGACGGUAAAACCCAGAACCGGAGUUGGAACGCCAAGAACUCUCGGAUUCACACACUCGCUAGUGUCUUGCGAGCUAAAUUUCCUGGAUGGAGCUCGAGUUCAGACAUAGAGAUUAUAUAACAGAGGAAAAGGCUUACUCUCUCCCUCGUCUACCUGCAGGAACUCAUCCUCUGUCCACUUCCCCUGAAACGCUUCACCAGGUUGAUUUGGUGCAUAAGGAGAAGGAAGAAAAUGAUUUUUUUGAUCCACUUAGGAAGAUCAAUGAGAAAAAGGAAGUUUCUUUUGAGGAUUUUCAAGAUGAAGAGAUUACAGGAGGACCGUCCAAUGAAGCUUCUGUCCAGUCUUCUUCCAAGGAAUGGACUUCUUUUAAGAAAAUCUUGAUGCAGAGAUUUUCUGCAUCUAAGAAUAUCCCGUUAUCUUCAAUUUCAAAUGCAAUUAUGAAGACUGGAAAGGUAACUGACAAAUCACUUGUGGAUUCACAUUUGGAAGAACUGGAUGAUCCUCAAAAAUUUACAGAAGAAGGUCUUAAAGUUAUAAGUCAGAGGGAAUAUGUUUUACGUUUAUAUGAACUCAAAGAUGAGAUUGCGCUUUCUUGGAGUAAAAAGGAGCAUGUGACAUCUUUGAAAUUGUGCAUCAGGGUUGCCAGACUUCUGAUGGACACAUCUGUUGUACAAUUUUAUCCAACACUAUUCGUUCUAGCCACAGAUGUGAUGGAUAUGCUGGGUGAUAUGGUAUGGCAACGAAUUAGACAGAAAGCUGAGCACACGGAAGAUGGAAAAUUCGUUUCUUCUUUGCCAGAUGAUUUUGAAGCCAAUAGUAUUUCUGAUGAUGCUAAAGAAACUUGCAACAACUGGUUCUCCAAAAUCGGUUCCAUCCGUGAGCUUCUUCCGCGCAUCUAUCUGGAACUGGCCGUACUGCCAUGCUGGCGUUUCCUUGUUGACAAUCCUAUGAGUAGCCUCCAGCGCUUGGCCAUGAUGACAAGAGGCAUUGCAGAUCCAAUUGCCUUGGCCUACUGCCACUUAUAUAUGGUUCACCGAGCUCAAAAACUACCUCAACACGAUUUAGGAUACCUUGUCACUGGCAUCAAUGACUUGAAAUUUGUAAUGAUGCGCAUUCUUUCACUGCAAGAAACAACUUGCAUAAUCUCUCUAGCAGAUAGAAGGUUGCUUUUGAGCCUCAUGGAACCUGCUAUUGAGUAUAUGAUGAGAUGCAUAUUUAAGGAUUUAAAUCAGGUUCAAGUUCGUGAUGUAAUUGUGGGGCUUGGACUUGGAAAGGACAAGUCACAUUUAUUUGGAGACUGUUCAUGCAUUUCAGUUAUUCUUCAUCAUUUACUAAAGGAGCUCCCUACUGGACUAAUCUGUGCUAAUGCCAUGAGUAUUCUUCAUCUGAUUGAGUGCAAUAUUGAUUUUUCAUAUGAUCAGUAUUUGAAUUACAAGUUGCUUGGACUCAGGCUGUGUGAAAACAUUUCUCGAGUGAAUGAGGCCAUAGCUUUAGUGGAUAAGGUCAUUCAGGUCAUUUCUUGCUAUGAUAGACUACAUGAAUAUUUGGAGGUUUUAGAUGCUUAUGUGGAUAUUGUUCUGCAUAAUCAAAUGCACAUUUAUUUGAACACAAUAUUGAAUGAAAUAUUUGAGCGAUUAUGUGCUAAAGGGAUUGAUAAGAAUGCUCUAUCAGGCUUGCAGUCUUUCCUUUUGAAGCUCGUUACUCAUUUUGAUCAUUUGGAAGAUAUAUUAUCACUGAGCCAUUUUGUUGACAUCUUAGACGUGAUGCACGGAAGCUCAAGGAACAUCAUCAACAUUAGCAUCCUUAGAAUGGCAACAAGGAACACUUGCAUUGACGAUCCAACUAUCAUUCAUUUUCUGUUUGAAGUUUCUCAGGUGUUGCAUGAUGGGACAGACUUCUCAAACAUAAGAAAUGAUGAAAAUCAACAUUCAGCACGCCUAAUUUCUCGUUUUGUGAACAUGGUUGAUUAUGGGCGAGAUUUUGAACGCAAUUUGUCAUUUCUGGUUGAUUGCCGCGGAGCCUUUGGUGACAUGAUUGAACUCAAGGAGACGCUUGUUCACUCCAGCAAUCUUUUAUCCAUUAAGCUUAUGAAAGAGAGCAGUAAUCUUUUCGCUUUUGCCAAAUCUUGCCUAACAUUUAGUGAAGUUACAAUAGCUGCUAUUCCUGAUCGCUUUAGGCGGUUCAGUCUCUAUCUUGAAACAGCAGAGGUUGCUUUGAUGGGUGGAUUAGUUUCUCAUGCAGAUGGACUUAUAGAUUCAGCGCUCUGCUAUUUGCAGGACUUUGAUUUAGUGGAUGGUUUGCGGACAACUAACGAUACUGAAGCAAAUCUUUCCUUGAUAUGCAAGCUAUGCAAUCUCAUGAUUGUGGUCCCAGGUAAUGUUGAACAAGGAUUCUUGGAUGGCCCCAAGAAAAUAUUUUCUUUCCUCGAUUCCCAACCAUGGAUGACCUCAAAAUUAAAGAUCAAGGGGAUGUGCGCUCUUAUUUCAAUUUUAGCAGCAUUUUCCCAAAAUGCAAUACCCUUACAAUUAAUACCUGGGAAGGUAAUAGGCAAUCAUGAGUUAAUUUAUGGUGAUCCAACUUGUUCAGAAGAAAUUUUGUCAUUUUCUCGUGCUAUUAUUGAGAAAAUUGUGGAUAUUGUCUUACAAGAGCCUUCACAGGCUACUAGUGGAAAUCUUGCACUUGAAGGUUGCAGCUCCAUAGCUUCAUCAUUUAGAGUACGCACAGACAUACUCACAAUCUGCUCCAGACUGUUGGAAAUAGCCGAGUUAAGCCUGAGUUCUGAUGAUAGAUAUUUGGUGUCUACCAAAAACUUUGUAAAUACGUGCCAACUUUGUUGUCAGGAGGAUGGACAUUUGCAGAAUUCAGAAAGCAUGACUGGUUAGACUUUUUGGUGCAAAGGUUUGUGUAGUUUUGUAUAGUGUCUUUGUUGUAGGUAUCAUCUUCCAGAAUCAUAGAUUUCUCUUUCACAUUGAAAGAGUGAGUUCUUGUUUCAGUUAUCAGAGUUUCGUGGUAUAGGAGAAUGUUGUAGCCUUAGCAGUAGGUUUUCUGAAGGAAAUAGCCUUAGCAGUAGUUAGCUCAUGACAUUUAUUUACAAGGGUUGUUCUGGCUGUAAAUGCUCGACUUCGGGGGAAGAAAAUCUCCAUUUGUUUCUGCACUUUCUUCCCCCUGUUUUUCUAGUCUUUCAUCCCUCUUGGGGGCAGAUAAAUACUUCGCCUUUCUUUUA